AACAGAAUUAUUUAACGUACAAGCGUUGUCUCAAGCAGUUGUCUCUUCGCGCGUUCUACGGUGCCGCUGUCAAACGUAUCUUUUCCAUUUGCAAUAUAUACGAUUUGUCAAAAAGUACCUUUCAACAUGAACGCCAAGUGUUUGCCGCUUUUACUGCUCGUGUGCGUUGUGGCCUGGGCUGAGCCAUUGCCGGCGGCACAGGAUGCCAAGGCGAGCGAUUUGGCCACAGCUGAAACCUCAGCCAAACUGUUGAACUUGGGCGGUUUACUUGGACAGGGUUCUGGUUAUCCGAACUAUGGCUACAACUAUCCCAGCUAUGGAUACAACACUGGUUACAACAAUAGACCCAACAAUGGCAACUAUCCCAGCACUGGUUAUUAUCCCGGCAAUACAUACAAUGGCGGCAGCGGCUACUAUGGCAACACGGGCGGCAGUGGUUACUAUCCCAGCACGGGAGGCAGCGGCUACUAUCCCAGCACGGGAGGCAGCGGCUACUAUCCCAGCACGGGAGGCAGCGGCUACUAUCCCAGCACGGGAGGCAGCGGCUACUAUCCGACGACCAAUAUACUGGGCUCCGCAGGCUACGGCGGCUAUGGAGUACGACAGACAUACGGCUAAGCGCGCCAGCUGCAGUGUGACAGAGACAGAGACACCCGCUAAGAACUUGAGCAACUGUUAUGCCUCAGCAAGCAGAAAUAACUACAACAACAACAACAAGCAGCAGCAGCAGCAGCAGUAAUAGCAUCCCCCUCCUCGUAAAGCUUAACAUGCACUUUAAUGCAACUGUAAACGUCGCCCGCAUUGCCCGCUUUCAACUUUAACCGACUGCAUUCAGCACUUUGGAACGCGUGCCUCUUCUCAUGCCAAAUUUGACGCCAACAAAAAAAAUAAACAAAAAACAAGAAAAAUGAUAAUAAAAAAUAAUAAUAAUAAGAUAAAGCAGCUGCUGUGGCAGCGGCGGUGUCCGCGCUUGCGUCUUAGCUUAAAGCAAAGUCAUGUUUAUAUUUUCAUUCUUUUGUCUCGUCGGGCUGUGGCAAGCUGCAUAGUGGGGGCGAUGUAAACAAAAUGCAGCGAAGCGUGUUUUUCCCCACCAAAUGCCAUUUUCAGUUUCAUUUUCUUUAUUUCGCUUUUGUUUUGGCCUUAAGCAACGGGUGUUGACAAUUUUAAGUCUCUUGUUGAUAAGCUAAAACCAUUUUUCUUGUUAUGGAAUCCAAAAUAAAAUAUAUCCCACACAUGUACAUAAAAAA